ACAGCCGGGAGGACACAAGAGAGACGCGUCCGGAGACUCCACACACACCGUGCGUCUCCAACAGCAGCUGACACAAGUAUUCCCACUGCUGCAACACAUUUCCAUGUGGACUAUUAUUCACCAUCUGGGAGAAUGCCCUGCAGUUUCCCACGGACAGUCGGGGGGAACAUGUCUGAUUCUUUACAUACUUGAGGAGUGACCUCAACUUUCCUCUAUUCGGACUCUCAUCGGAAGACGUGGAGGAGGGAAAAAAAAGAGAGAGGAAAAAAGAACAGGACUGGUCUUGACGAUGCAAAAGGAUCAAUUUUCGGAUUAAAGGUUUGCGCACUGGAGCAGCAGCGAGUUUGGCGUGUGUGUAGCGGAGAGGAGCGAUGUUGUGCGCGGAGAUGCGUCUCUGGCUGCUGUUCCUGCCCGCGGAUGUUGCAGCUCGCUCGGGCUGCACACCGAGCCUGUGGGUGGCUGUGAUUGGACCGGACUGGGGCUGACUGAUGUUUGACCGAGAGGAAAUAUUUAGGGGUGGAGAUCGAUAUGAGUUACUUGCAAGGUGGGGGGAGAUGCCAGUCUUUAUGACCACCCCCCCUAUUACCAGGCGGAUGGAGAACAGCAUGCAAUGAGGAUUUUUCUUUUUCUUGGAUUAAAACUGAAAUCAGACAUGGAAGAUCUUCUCAAACAUCAGCUAUGUGUGUGUCUUUUAUUUGAUGUGUUUUGCAAACUGUUGCAACAUAGUUAAAGGUGAAUAUAGGCUGUAUUUCUUCCUGCACUAAAGUUUUUUUCGCCCCUUUUUUGGAUGAUGCUUUGGAUUUUCAUGUGGCAUCAUAAUAUUUUAAGAAAUUUUAAUUUCAUGGACCGUUGCACCCCUGGCAACUAUAUUUCCUGUGGACUUUCACUCUGAAAUAACAACAGAACUCAUGGGAUAUUACAGCAACAGUUUCAUGGAAGAAACCAGCUGUCUUCUUAAUUUUGUAAUCUAGUAAAAUGCGCUCACAAGCCACGCAACAUGACUGGUAACUGCUUUACAUGUGCAUUUUUUGUACUAUCACUGCUCGCAGUGGGGACGUCUUUCUCGGGGGUCUUCAACGGCACAGACAGAGACUUUUUCACGGAUGACUUGCUGCAGGUCAGGCUCGCGCAAGGCAGAGCGACUGAGCCGUGGAAAGCUCGUUCUGCUGAUUCCCAUCCCAGCCUGUAUUUCAGCCAAGUGGAUGUGCUUCACCUGAUACAGAAGUCCUCCACCACCCACAGUCACAUAUUUAAAGUCAUCCGAGCAGCUGUGCUUACCAUGUUGUCUAAUAUCCCUUCCUACAUGCCCCCUGUAAAGCAUGAGGAGUUUACAAGCAAGUGGAAUGAGAUAUAUGGGAACAACCUGCCUCCCCUGGCGCUGUACUGCCUGCUGUGUCCAGAGGACUCUGCCGCUCUGCAAUUUCUUAUCAAAUUUAUGGACAGGAUGGCUGAAUACCCGGACUGGAAGGUGACCAGCGCACCUAACGAUGAGGUCCCCAUAGCACAUUCUCUCACUGGGUUUGCUACUGCUUAUGACUUCAUUUACUCUUACCUGGAUGAGCACAGAAGGGACGUGUUCCUCAAGAAAAUUCGCUCUGAAACAGAAGCGCUGUAUGAGCUCUCGAAAUACAGAGGAUGGGGGAAACAGUACCUCCAAAAUCAUCAGACCACGAACAUAUUAGCGAUCCUGACUGGUGCAAUAGUUGUGGGAUCACAUAAUGAUCCAGAGUCAAUGACCUGGAAACAAGUGGCUGUAAACUAUAUGGAGAAAACCAUGUUUCUCCUGAAUCACGUCGUUGAUGGGUCUUUGGAUGAAGGAGUAGCGUACGGAAGCUACACAGCCAAGUCCAUCACACAGUACGUUUUCUUAGCACAGCGGCAUUUUCACAUUGACAACACGCAGAACAACUGGCUGCGGGGACACUUCCAGUUUUAUUACGCCACGCUGCUGCCGGGCUUUCAGAGAACGGUCGGCAUCGCGGAUUCCAACUACAACUGGUUUUACGGACCAGAGAGCCAGCUUGUUUUCCUCGACACGUUCGUCAUGAAGAACGGAACGGGAAACUGGCUGGCUCAACAGAUUAGAAAGCACCGACCCAAGGACGGCCCCAUGGGUCAGUCGUCUGCCCAGCGCUGGGCUACACUUCACACAGAGCUCAUCUGGUACAACUCCCACCUGACACCGCAGCCUCCCCAGCACUUUGGCUCACCGAGGAUGCAUAUCUUCUCAAACUGGGGUGUGGUUACCUAUGGAGCCGGGCUGCCCAUCGGGCAGAGUAAUACUUUUGUCUCCUUCAAGUCUAGCAGGCUGGGUGGCCGCGCAGUCUAUGACAUCGUUCAUGACAAGCCUUACUCCUGGGUGGACGGCUGGAACAGUUUUAACCCCGGCCAUGAGCACCCGGACCAGAAUUCUUUCACGUUUGCUCCUAAUGGACAAGUUUUUGUGUCUGAGGCGCUGUAUGGUCCAAAGUUCAGCCAUCUUAACAAUGUUCUGGUGUUUAGUCCAUCUCCUACCAGCCAGUGUAACAUUCCAUGGGAGGGUCAGUUAGGGGAGUGCGCUAAGUGGCUGCGGUGGACUGAUGAGGGUGUGGGGGAUGUCAGAGGGGAAGUGAUUGUUGCCUCAUCACACACAGACACUAUGUUCGUGAGUGGGGAGGCUGUGUUGUCUUAUUCCCCCGCCAUGAGACUAAAGAGCGUUUUCAGAGCCCUGGUUCUGCUCAACUCGCAGACUUUGCUCGUCCUGGACCACGUAGAAAAGUGGGGCGAUUCGCCUGUGAAUUCUCUCAGUGCUUUUUUCCACAAUCUGGACAUCGAUUUCAAGUAUGUUCCCUUUAGAUUUAUGGACAGAUAUAAUGGUGCGAUGAUGGAUGUGUGGGAUGCUCAUUAUAAAAUGUUCUGGUUUGACAGCCAGGGUCGCAGCCCUGAUACCAGGAUACAGGAGGCAGAGCAGGCAGCUGAGUUUAAAAAGAGGUGGACGCAGUAUGUUAACGUCACUUUUCCAAUGACAGGCUCAGUCAGCAGGAUAGCUUAUGUGUUACAUGGGCCGUAUGUCAAAGUCUCCAGCUGUAGAUUUAUAGACAAUGGCAAAAACGGGGUGAGGCUUUCUGUAACCGUAAAUAACACAGAGAAAAUUGUUUCUAUAGCAACAAAUUAUAAAGACAUAGGAGCAAGGUUGGCUUAUUUAGGAUUUGGCGGUCACUGUAAAGUAGAAGAUAGAUAUCAAAUCACUAGAUACGGCCUUGGGACGCAACUCAUCCCUAAACAAAUCAACAGUGACAGUCAGUUGUUUGACAUUGGAUUUACAGUUAAUGUGAUCGCAGGAGUUGUUCUGUGUGUGGUCAUAGGCUUUUUGACCAUUCAGAGAAAGUUUUAUGUCUGCUUCAGCAGGCUGAUGCGUUACACCCUGUUCUCCGUGCUCGUUCUGUGGAUAGCAGAGCUGCUCUUUGUGUCCAACAGCUGUGAUCAGCUUCUCUGCGGGGUGAAAUGGAAAGGUGCGGGUGCCAAAAGUGAAGUAAACAAACAGAUCAGGCAGUAUGAGCAGCACCAUCUCCCACUGCCCACUGUCUUCAUGACAAGCCUUCCUGGAUCUGGGUCCGAAAUCCUCAAGCACCUUUUCUACAACAGCUCGGACUUUGUUUACAUCAGGGUUCCCACUGAGCAUGUGGACAUUCCUGAGACCGAGUUUGAGUUUGACGCUCUGGUUGAUGCGUGCGAGUGGUCGGGUGUAGAUGCAACACAGGGGCGGUUUAAGGUUAUUCAGGGUUGGCUGCAUUCACUGGUGCACAAUACUAAGCUGCACUUGCAAAAUAUUCAGCUUGAAGAGAGCAGCAGGCUCAAACAGCCCUCAAAGGUCAGUUCCUCAAGGGAAAGAAAGAGAAGGUCCAGACGGAGAGAGCCAACAUCUGAGCUAAGGGGUAGGAUGAGGGCCAGUGUGGACAGAGAUGCAGAAUAUGUCAGGGAAAUGAGACGUCAUGUUGCAGAGUACCCUAAUGCACGGGUGGUUCUCAACAUGCAGAGUGGAAGCUGGACGCUCAAACUGCCGUUUGUUCAGGAAGUGGUGGGAUCCUCGCUAAGGACGAUCUAUUUGGUGCGAGACCCUCGAGCGUGGAUUUAUCUCAUGCUUUAUAACAGCAAACCCAGCCUUUACUCUCUCAAAAAUAUCCCCCAGCAUCUCUCGUUGAUAUUCAAGGAGAAUUCUGUCAGGGACGGGUGCCCAGCUGUUGCACCAGAGUUUAAGAUGAUCCAGAGGCUGCUGUCUCGCACUGAGACAAACCCUGUUUUGAUUCUCGCUCAUCUCUGGCUGGCUCACACCACAGCGGCGCUGAGGGUCAGCGAGAGCAUCCCUGAGGAAUCCCUCCUCCAAGUGAGGUUCGAGGACGUGGUCAACUUCCCCCAGGAGACCGCAGAGACAAUACACACUUUCCUCGGGGUGCCGGUGUCACCCGCAGCCCUCAAUCAACUCAUCUUCACCACCUCCACAAACUUGUACAACCUGAUGUACGAAGGAGACAUCUCACCAGCCAAUAUCAACAUAUGGAGACAAAAAAUGCCUCGAAAGGAUGUCAGACUGAUAGAGGAUGUAUGUGGAAGUGUGAUGAGGAGUCUGGGUUAUGACAGGUUCAGCAGUUAGCUGAUAACGGCUGGUGUCGAGCUGUCGUGUUUAUUCCAGCAAACGUUUUUUUUUGUUAUUUUCUUAGUUUUUUUUCUGCACUGACAUCAAACCUUCAAAAAGAAGAUGUUGAGGAACUUUGUAGCCUCUUUCUCUGUCUGUGUUUAAGUGUUUUCUCGGAGUAAGGACUUGUGUCAUCUACAGAUGUCUAUGAGGGACUUAGGGAAGACUAUUUUAUAUUAAAAUACAUGGAAGGGAGUUUAUGCUGUUGUCCUUUCUCCCUGAAGCCCCUCAUACUUUCAUGUAGCAAUCCUUUGGCAUCGUUAACACAGAGGAAUAUCACUGAAUUUUGAAGAUUAUUUAAUGUCUUAGCUUAUCUGUGAUGUCAGAGUGUGCAAAAUGAACUUCUUGUAUUUAUUUACUUAAGUUUUCUGUUGUGGAGGGGUAUGUUUACUGGAUUGGGAGAGAUACCUUGACAUAUUAUUCAGCUCAAAAAUAAGUUUCACAGCUUCGGGGGACUAAUUCUGACCAUAGUUUUACCAUCAGAAGUUACCAGUGCCAUUUCCUUUUAAAAAUGCAUAAAACGCUGCGGGCUGAAAGCAAAGUAAAUGACAAAAAGAGUUUAAUGAUAUAUAUAUAUAUAUAUAUAUAUACAUAUAUAU